AUGCACCGCUCGCUCUCUGCCCAGAAAAAGAUGCAUCGUCGUCGCGGCUCUGCCCGCGUUCUUGUCGGGGUCUCCGGAAACCCUCCAUUCGACAACUGCUGCCCUCGAACGAAGGCUCCCACAGUCGCCUUUUCUUCUCCUUUCGUCUUCCCCUUUCGCUCCUGCCGUCCUCCGACGACUAGCACUUGUGCCACGCGGCGCCUGUCCUCGCUCGUUUACGGUAGAAGGCCGGGACGAUGGGAAGACGAUGGAGCGAAGGGAAGGGAGAGAAAGCAGAGUGUUUGGAGAGACCUUCUCCUCUACGCUAGCGUCGUUCUGCGAGUGCUUCGGGCCCGCCGGUCGCCCCUCAUGACCCCUAACCCGGCCCCUGGUUCGGCUGCCCGGCCGGCGGUGGUUUCGAAAGGACGCGCGCAGAGGACCGACCGGUUUCGAAAACCGAACCGUUUAAAGACAGCCCUUGAAGAGACCGAAUUCAAAGUUUAA